AUGCCCGGAAACACGAAUCAAAGCCAUGUUAUCACAAUAGAUCAAGAAGUCGAAAACAUGAAGAAGCAAAUGAAAGAACCACCAAAACUACUUCACAAAUCAGCUGGCAAGAAUUCUUGUUGCAUAUUUAGAGUCCCCCCAAGUCUACUUGAAAUCAACAAAGAAGCGUAUCAACCUCGAAUUGUCUCAAUCGGCCCAUACCACUAUGGAAACAAGCAUCUUGAGAUGAUUCAAGAACAUAAGUGGAGGUUCCUCAAUGAUAUGAUCACAAGAAACACUAGUAAGUCACUUAGUUUUUACAUGGAUAUUAUAGUGAAUAUGGAUGAUAAAAUUAGAGAAUGCUACUCGGAGUCUAUUGAUCAUUUAGCUAAAAAUGAUCUUGCCAAAAUGAUGGUGCUUGAUGGGUUUUUCUUGAUUGAAUUGUUUAGAAAAGUUGGGAAGUUGGUUACCACUAAUCAAGAUGAUCCCAUUUUUAAAAUGGGUUGGAUUUCUCCAUUUUUGAUGAGAGAUCUUUUGAGAAUAGAGAAUCAAAUCCCAUUUUUUGUUCUACAAGAGUUGUUUAAAGAGUCCGAACCUAGUACCCGUACACUUCAAUCUUUAAUCCUUGAGUUUUUCAACUACAUGGUUGAUAGGAAACCAGAAGUUUUGGAGAAGUGUGAGAAUCUUGAGGGAAAACAUUUACUUGAUUUUUAUAGAAAGAGUUUCAUAGAAACUAGGAAUAGAAAAUCGAAUGCGCCUAAAAAUAAUGAUAAAUCCAACCACCCUUCCCUUAAACUCAUCCGACCCGCCACCAAGCUUGUUAAUGUUGGGGUUAAGUUCAAGGUGAAUUAUCAAGCCGAUAGCUUCUUGGAUAUUGAAUUCCAAAACGGGUUGCUUUUAAUUCCCCAAAUCAACAUGGAUGAUUUUCACAGUGCUUUUUUCAUGAACUGUAUGGCUUUCGAGCAAUGUUAUUCUACUUGCUCAAAAGACAUUACAACAUAUGUUGUAUUCAUGGGAUGUCUAAUGAGCACCUCAACCGACGUGGGUUUGCUUUCACAAAAUAAGAUUAUUGAGAAUUAUUUUGGUACGGAUAAAGAGAUUGCAAAGUUCUUCAAAAAUGUUGGGAAAGAUGUGGCCUUUGAUGUCAAGACUCAUUACUUAUCCGACUUGUUUGUGGAGUUAAACGAAUAUUGUAAGAAUGGGUGGCAUGUGGGUUGGGCCGGGUUUAAGCAUACCUAUUUUGAGAGCCCAUGGGCCUCAAUUUCGGCAUUUGCGGCUUUUAUGUUGCUCUCUCUUGCGGCUCUCCAAACCUUUUACACCGUUUUCCCCUACUAUCACAAUAAAAAAUGA